GCGCGCCUGCGCAAAAGCCGCCUCGCCGCCGGAGCUCGCCGUAUCCAUGAGCGCCAGCGGGGCGGGCACUAGCAGCAGCAGCGGCGGCGGGGGGUCCGGCACGGGAGGGGGCGUCGCGGAGCCCGACCCCGGCCCCGCGGCGCCCGCGGCCCUCCCGCCGCCGCCUCCGCCGCCCCUCGCCGCUUCCGCCGGGGACGCGGGCGCCAAGGGCAGCCCGGGCGUGGCGGGGGUCGCCGGCGGGGCGGCUGGCCUCGCCGCCGCCUCCUCCCUGGCGCAGCCCGUCGAGGGCCCCCCGCCGCCGCUGCCCAACGGAGUCUUCGCACCACACGCGGGCGCCGCCAACGGGGAGGCCAAGGCCGCCGCCGCCGCCGCCCCGCCGCUCGGCUCGGCUUCGUCCGGCGCGCCGCUCGUGGACUUCCUGCUGCAGCUGGAGGACUACACUCCCACGAUCCCGGACGCCGUGACCGGCUACUACCUGAACCGCGCCGGCUUCGAGGCGUCGGACCCGCGCAUCAUCCGGCUGGUCUCGCUGGCGGCUCAGAAGUUCAUCUCGGACGUGGCCAACGACGCCCUGCAGCACUGCAAGAUGAAGGGCACGGCCUCCUGUAGCUCCCGCAACAAGAGCAAGGACAAGAAGCACACGCUGACCAUGGAGGAUCUGGCCCCUGCACUGGCCGAGUAUGGCAUCAACGUGAAGAAGCCCCAUUAUUUCACCUGAAGGUCCUUCCCCCACCCUAUUCUUUAUUAAAGUCUAUCUCCCCCCCC